AUGCACGCUAACUCAAACCCCGAAGUGACUGGCGGUUUCCUGCAUCUUUUCUCUCGUAAGGAGAGAGCAAAGAGAAAACAGCUAGCGGCACAACAAGAGCAACAACCAUACCUACGUGUGCCACCAGCCUACAAAGCCGAUCUCUAUGAAGCGCCCACCGGACCCCGCUCCGCACAUCCCCGUCCACUAUCAUCCUUUGCUCCGGACUUAAGCCGCCAGUCCCACUACUACCAAUACCCACUCCCCCGAGCAUCGUGCGAUCAGCCCCCACUGCCCACUUACGAUCCAUCAAAGUACCAAGCAAUCCGACCAAAUUCAACCCCAAGUUCGGAUCUCCUCGCUAAUCCCUACGCCGGACAAUCUUCCAAUCUGAGCGCUGCACACUACCAUAAUGCCCGGAACUCCAUCUAUCAGCCUGCCCCGGCUCCGGACCCAUACUCCGCACCGAGGAUACUGCGUGAGUCGGUGGCGCCUGCAAGGCGACAAACUGCUAUGCCUAAUUCAUCCCGACCAGCCGCUUCGCUUCAGCAGCGGGUUAGAUCAGAGGCUCGGGAAAGAAGUCGUUCUGAACCUAUGCCUGCAGGUCCUGAUAGCCAAGGAAAUCGGCGUCGGCAGAAGCCCGUUCUUUCGCGGCUGAUUACCAAUUUCGGUUGA